UCAUGACCGAUACCACUACCCUCAAAGCAGCAAUCUUAGUGGUGUCUGAUACGGCUUCCCAGGAUCCUUCGACAGACAAAGUUGGCGAUGCUCUUACAAACGUCUUGUCAACGGCGGGCCCCAAUACCUGGGACAAGCCCGUUAUCAAGAUCGUCCCUGAUAGUGUGCUAGACAUCCAACGUGCUAUCUGUGACUGGGCAGAUGGGCCAAACUGGGUCAAUCUCAUCUGUGUAAGUGGUGGCACUGGCUUCGCAGCUAAGGAUAUCACCCCUGAGGCGGUCUCGCCUCUGAUCCAUCGCUAUGCGUCUGGCCUGGUCCAUGGCAUGCUUGCCGCAUCCCUUAAGGUUACACCGUUUGCGAUAAUGUCGAGACCCGUUGCAGGAGUGCGCGACAAAACCUUGAUUGUCACCCUGCCCGGCUCCCCCAAAGGUGCCAAAGAGAAUCUGGAAGCAAUUAUCAAACUUCUUCCGCACGCAUGCAGCCAAACGGCUGGUGCGAACUCUAGAGCCCUUCACGCAGGCGGCAUCAAGAAGCUAGAGGCCGAGGCAGGAGUAUCUGCCUCACCUCAACCAACAAACCAUGAUCAUCAUCAUCACCACCACCAUCACGACCACAGUCACGGCCACUCUCAUGGUCACGGUCAUGGCCACGCUAUACCCAGAGCACACACGACUCCCUCCGAGCGGCCACAGUCCAACGACCCGAAUGCAGGGCCGAACCGCCGCUAUCGAUCCUCCCCCUACCCCAUGCUCUCCGUUGAUGAAGCACUCCAACUCAUCAGCGAGCACACGCCUGAACCCACCAUCAUCGAGGUCCCUGUGACCACAGCCUUAGUCGGGUCCGUGAUCGCGGAGGACGUUUACGCGGCGGAAGCGGUCCCAGCAUACCGCGCCAGCAUCGUAGACGGAUACGCCGUAAUCGCAUCAGCAACAUCAGAGUCUGGCCCUAAUACCCGAGGCAUCUUCCCCGUAGCCUCGAUCACCCACGCCAACGAGGGCGGGAUACUCACUCCCUUGGAGCCCGGAACCAUCGCCCGCAUCACUACCGGCGCACCGCUGCCUCCAAACGCCAACGCCGUCGUCAUGGUCGAAGACACCGUCCUCGCCACCUCUACUCCGGACGGACAGGAAGAAGCCACAGUUGAGAUUCUGACCUCCGAGAUCCAACCGGGCGAGAACGUCCGCGAACCCGGCAGCGACGUCGCCCUCGGCUCCCUCAUUCUCCGCAAGGGUGACCUCAUCACCUCUGUGGGCGGAGAGAUCGGCCUCCUAGCAGCCACCGGCACGCGGAUCGUGAAGAUCUACCAGAAGCCGCGGGUUGGCGUUCUCAGCACCGGCGACGAGCUCGUCGAACACGACGACCCGCGCCAGCUCACCGGUGGGCAGAUCCGGGACUCGAACCGCCCCUCCCUCCUCUCCUGCCUCACGUCCUGGGGGUUCCCGACGGUCGAUCUGGGCAUCGCGCGCGACACCCCGGCCGGUGAACUCGAACAACGCCUCCGGGAUGCUCUCCGCGGCGUCGGGACGGCCGCCAACCACGGCGUCGAUGUGAUCAUCACCACCGGCGGCGUCUCCAUGGGCGAGCUGGACCUCCUCAAACCGACCAUCGAACGCUCGCUCGGCGGCACCAUCCACUUUGGCCGCGUGUCCAUGAAACCCGGCAAACCGACCACCUUCGCCACUGUGCCAUUCAAGCCUUCUUCGUCCUCGACGGACGCGCAGCAAGAACGUCAGAACAAACUCAUCUUCGCUCUCCCCGGCAACCCGGCUUCGGCGCUGGUCACGCUCAACCUUUUCGUGCUGCCUUCGUUGCACAAAUUGAUGGGCAUGGGUUACAGACAAGGCGGAUCCGGACCGAUGACGCCGUCGUCGUUGGGCCUGCCGCUCGUGUCGGUUGCGCUGGCGCAUCCGUUCCCCGCCGACCCCAAGCGCACGGAAUAUCACCGGGCGGUGGUGACGGCCUCCCGCUCGGAUGGGAGGCUCUAUGCCACGAGCACCGGGGUGGAUGGCGUGGGCCAGCGAAGUUCGAGAGUGGGCAGUCUGGCCAGUGCGAAUGCGUUGGUGGUGCUUCGGCCUGGGAAGGGGAAGGUCGAGAAGGGGGCGUUGGUGGAAGCGUUGAUGUUGGGGCCGGUUGUGGCGGAGGCUUGAGCUACCGGUCUCACUGUUACAACCUCAAAAACAGUCUCAAAUAUCCACAUGUUUUAAGCAUAUGCUUACUUGGAGUGUUCAAAAGAGACAAGCUUUGAAAAUAUUGGAGUUGUUAGGGUCUGUCGCUUCUUCCCACAAUUAUAGUGAAUAAUA